AUGGGUCUUUCAGAGUAUUGGCAACAUAAAGCCGACUGCAAACGUAAGCAGUCGGAGCGUGCAGCAAAGAUUGCAUCUCUUCCGGCGCCAUAUCUUUCUCCCCUCUCUUCUCAGGAGCGUACUAUCCUCGGCAAGCCUAUCCAAGAGCUUGUCCAAGAUGUGCAAAAGCAAAUCACCAGCCCCGUUGAUAUCCUGAGAGCAUACGGCAAGGUUGCCGUCAAGGCACAGGAAAAAACCAAUUGUGUGACUGAGAUCUUGUUUCCAGAGGCUGAGGAAUGGGCCCAGAAAGAGGUCAAUCUAAAGGGUCCGCUGGCCGGUAUUCCGGUUUCAUUAAAGGACUCGAUACAAGUCAAAGGCUUCGACACCUCAGUUGGUUAUUCGAGAAACACCGGAAAGCCAGCUACUGAAGAUGGAGUCAUGGUCAAGCUGCUGAAAGAUGCCGGCGCCGUGCCUUUUGUAAAGACCAAUCUGCCCACUACCCUCCUCUCAUUUGAAUCUACCAACGACGUCUGGGGACGAACCAAGAACCCACACAAUGACAAAUACUCACCAGGUGGCUCAACAGGAGGUGAAUCGGCGCUACUGGCAUUCGGUGGUAGCCGCAUUGGUAUCGGAUCUGACGUUGCUGGCUCUGUUCGUGCACCCGCUCAUUUCUCUGGAUGCUACUCGAUACGAUGCUCUACCGGCCGAUGGCCAAAAGUAGGCAUGAACACCAGCAUGGCUGGCCAAGAAGGAAUUCCCAGUGUCUUCAGCCCUAUGGCAAGGACGCUGAACGACUUGACAUAUUUCACACGUAGCUUCAUCCAGAUGGAGCCCUGGAAAUACGACUACACAGUCCACCCGAUAGAAUGGAGGGAAGAAGUCGAGGAGAAAUAUAAGGAGAAGAAGAAACUACGCAUCGGUGUCAUGCGAACCGACCACGUUGUAGACCCAUCACCCGCAUGUGCACGCGCUCUCGACCAGACCGCAAAAGCCCUCGCAGCCGAAGGCCACGAGGUCUUCGACGUCGAACCGCCGUCCCCCUACGAAGCCCUCCAAAUUGCCUCGCAACUGCUCCUCAGCGACGGCGGCGGCGUCUUCCUAAGCCACUUCCGCACAGGCGAGUGGAACGACCCGGGCGCCGCCCAAAUGGUCAAGUACAUGCGUGUCCCACGCUUCCUAAAGUACAUCCACUACCUCUACCUCAAAUACAUCAAGGGCGACUCCAUCUGGGCCGGCCUACUCCGAGACUGGCACCCAAAGACCGCACAUGAGCACUGGCAGCUUGUCGGCAGGCGCGAAGCCUUCAAGCAAAACUUCUUCCAGUGGUGGCAGGAAAAGGCGAAAAUGGAUGUCAUGCUCACGCCCCCGAACGCAACGCCUGCUGUGCCUCAUGACGGAAUGCACGAUGCAGUCAGCAGCUGUGGUUACACGUUUUUGUUUAAUCUGCUUGACUAUUCCGUGGGUGUCAUCCCGGUAACGCAUGUUGAUGCAAAGAAAGAUGCUCUUCCUCCGAACUUUCAGCUGAAGAAGCUGAAUGGUGUUGCACAGGGUGCGUAUAAGCACUAUGAUGCUGAGAAGAUGGAGGGGUUGCCUGUGGCUGUACAGGUUGUGGGGCGGAGGUUGGAAGAGGAGAAGGUACUUGCGGUUAUGGAGAGGGUGGAGGAUGCACUAGACAAGCAUGGUGGUCGUUAUGAACUUUUGGAGAUAGAUUAA